AUGUCGUCCGCACUGGACGCCGAACGCGCCCCCAAAAAGCGGAAGCUAGAUGGCAAGAAUACCAUCAAGGUUGGCAAUAAAGUCAUUUCUCUCGCGGGAUACCUCAACCCCCCAGCAAAGAAGAAAGAAAAGGAAAUUCAGCAACCUUCCACGCAAGAGCUGCGGCCAGCUCAGAGUACAGGAAGUGAUGCAACGUCGGACGCAUUAGCCAAAGAACCGAAAUCUUCGGAUCACACAGCUCCGUCCUUCAUUAAGCACCAAUCGAAAAAGUACCAGGAUAGAGAGAGGUCAAGAUCUGACAAAAGAGGUCCGAGAUGGAGAGAAGAUCCUGCUCUGUUAAAGAUCCGGCAAAAGCUACCCAUUUGGGCACACCGGGAAGAGAUACAAGCUCAGCUACGUCAAGAAGACGUACUCCUUCUCGUUGGUGAAACUGGCUCCGGAAAAAGUACUCAGGUGCCUCAGUUCUUGGUGAGGGAGCCGUGGUGCAGGAGACAAACUGUCAGUAUCGAAGGGGCAAGAGAAGUCAGUGUCGGUGGGGUGAUUGCAGUAACUCAGCCACGUAGAGUCGCCGCCACGACUCUAGCGCAUCGAGUUUCCCGCGAAGCUGGGACGCCUCUUGGCGAAAGCCGCGACGGACUGGUUGGAUACUCGGUUCGUUUCGAUCACCAGGUCCCCAAGGGCACGAAGAUCAAAUUCCUCACCGAGGGUAUGCUUCUUCAAGAGCUUCUGAGAGAUCCGGAUCUGAAGCAAUACAGCGCUGUAGUUGUUGACGAAAUCCACGAGAGAAGUGUCGACGUGGAUCUGGUGUCCGGGUUCCUCAAGCAAAUCCUGCUAAGUGACCGGAAGGGCCGCGGCGGGAUACCACUAAAGGUUGUCGUCAUGAGUGCCACAGCUGAUGUCGAGCGCAUCCAAGGUUUCUUCUCUACGGACAGUCCUGAAGAAAAGAGCAGCGGUGACGACCCGGUUGGCAACAAAAUCAACUCUGUUGGAGUACUGAAGAUCCAGGGUCGGCAGUAUUCGGUCAAGACGAUACACACUCCCAAACCGGUGCCGGAUAUUCAAGAAUCUCUUUUGAAGACGAUCUUCAAAAUUCACAUGGAAGAGCCGCUACCUGGUGACAUUCUUGCUUUCCUGACCGGACAAGAGGAAAUCGAAUCUGCACAAUCACUGCUCGAGGAGUACGCCGCAACGCUGGCAUCCAACGUCCCCAAGAUCAAGGUUCUACCCUUAUACGGUCAGCUUUCAAUGGAAGGUCAGCAUGCAGCUUUCCAGCCUGUCAAGGGUGGUUUCACGCGGAAAAUCGUACUGGCGACCAACAUUGCUGAGACGUCCGUCACUGUUCCUGGUGUACGUUACGUGGUGGAUGGUGGCAAGGCCAAGGUUAAGCAAUUCCGCGCUCGCCUCGGCAUGGAAUCACUACUAGCAAAACCUAUUUCCAGGUCUUCCGCCAUCCAGCGAACCGGCCGUGCUGGUCGUGAAGGCCCUGGCAAGUGCUUCCGGCUAUACACUGAAGGUACAUUCAGCACACUAGAAGAAACAGACCUGCCAGAGAUUCUGAGAAUCGAUGUCCUCGGAGCUGUCCUGACGAUGAAAGCGCGAGGCAUUGACGACAUCCUUGGAUUUCCCCUCAUGGACACUCCAGAUGUUGAAGCCAUCGAACGAGCACUGGUCAGCCUUCAUGGGCUGGGCGCGUUGGCAGACGACGGGACUAUCACUGAAGCAGGCCGCAAGAUGGCCGGGUUUCCCAUCUCCGCGGCAUUUGGUGCGGUUCUCCUUGCCUCUGCCAAGCCAGAAUUUGACUGCGUCCUAGAGGCGAUAGACGUCAUCUCCUGUAUCACUUCUGGCGACGACAUUUUCCACCAGCUGCAAUCAGAAGAACAACGCGAAGAAAUUGAGGAACUCCGCAAGGAGCUCUACCGCCGGGAAGGCGAUAUACUAACCUAUCUUACCACAAUGCAACAAUACGCCGCUGAGAAUGCCGAUCGUAUACAGUGGUGCAAGCAGAGAAAGGUCAACAUUCGCAACAUGAAGACAGCGCUCAACAUUCGCAGGCAACUACGUAGCCUCUGCCUCAAAGAAGGUCUCCUCUCGGAGGCCCCGCCGCCGGAUCCUCAGCCCUUUACUCCUCUGGCUCCCGAACAGGCCGAGGCUCUGCUCAAGUGCUUCCUCCGGGGCUUCGUGUCCAAGACGGCCAUACUGGCGCCGGAUGCGAGCUACGUCACCUCGCAAGGCAAGCACGUUGUGGCCAUUCACCCGUCUAGUGUGCUGCAUGGGCAGAAGAAGGAGGCCAUCAUGUUUCUUGAGCACGUCUUCACGCAGAAAAACUAUGCUAAGAAAGUGAGCAUUAUCCAAGCUGACUGGAUUGUUGAGGCGUUUGAGGGGCACUGA